AUGAAAAACAUUCGUAAGACCCAGGGCACUUCGCCCAUCGGAUAUAGUGGUGACCACAAAUUAAUGCCUCUAUCGAUCACAACGAGGUAUCGUCCGACAAACCACGCCAUUUUACUUCCGGAGAGCUCCCUGUCCAGAGCCAUGACAGAUGUGCCAGCUUCGGAUGACAAAAAGAGGUGGAACCCAUAUGAGACCUCCCAGAAAAGGGAUUUUGUUUACAGACCCAGUGUACCAAAUCCCAUUUUGAGACCCCCCACCUCCAAAACAUCUAGAAAUUCAGAUAUAUUGUCUAGUCAUCUGGAUUCAAGUGUAUAUAGGAAGGAUUUUAACUGGAAGCCUAUCUCUAAACCUCUCUGCAUCCGUACUGGAUCAACCAGUGGAAACAGACGGAAUAACCCACAUCCAAGCCAGUCGUUCAUGGUGUGGAGACUACCCAAGGGACAGGAUCAAAACCCCGUUGAUGGCAGGUCUCCAUGGAGAAGACCACCUUCUGAGAAUGAAAUCAGAGAUGCUCUGGCUGCACAGUAUCGUUCUACCUACAGGAGUGACUGGCUGGGCCUACCUCAAGAGCCCACUGUAGAAAUCAGUAGAAACUGA